GUCUGUUUUAAACUGACCAAUCAAUGGUAUUAUAAUAAUUAGUUAAAAACAACGUUCUGCUGCAAGUCGCCCAAUAAAUGACGGAUUUUCCGCGAGUUUCUCAGUUUUCGCGGCUCCGGCGCGCGCUGAGUCCCGUCAGGCUUCUCUGAAGCGGAGCGCGCGCCGGCGGACCGUUUAACGUAACUAACGGUCAUUCGCCUUUCGCCUUCUUACCGAGUGUUUUACUGUAACAUUGGAGGGUUCAGAAAUCCUGCCUGCUCGUGAACACAUUUAGUGCUCUAAGUUCUUUUUUUCCCCAUCAUAUUUAUUUAACAUCUAUGAUGUAUUAAAACACCGGCGUUAGAUACUGUAGUUAUCCAUCGUCAGCGCAGGGCUUCUCAAACACUAACUGGUUUGAAGUUUCUCGAACCUUCUUCAAGUUCAACUACAUUUUUACAAAAAAACGAAAACAGUUUUCUGAGUUCACCCGUGGUCCUCGUGUUUGUUUGAAAUUUGGAGCUGCAAAGAGAAGCAAAUAUAAUCAGAAAAUGUCCAGCCCAUUGGAGAGGGAGACCUUGCUGGUGGCAAAGGAUUAUGUGGGUUUCUGCACUGGGAUCCGGCAAGACCCUCCAAGCGAGUCAGCCAAAGCCAUGAGACAACUGGCGAAGCAAACGGAGAGGCAACAUCGGUCAACAUUUCAAACCUUAGUGCAGAACUUCUUGGACAACUCUGAACCCGACUUCCUGACCAGUCUGAAGCAGACCAUGGCAGCGCUGGCGCAUGACGGACAGUUGAACUGGGGAAGAGUCGUAGCGCUUUUUGCAUUCGCAGGAAUGCUAGCGAGCGAGCUCUCAUCCCGGGGAGUGGACGUCAGCAACAGAAGGUUAGCGGAGACGAUCGCUCGCUACCUCAGCGAGGAGCACGGAGAAUGGCUUCUGCACAACGGUGGCUGGGUCGGCUUCCUAUCCUUUUUCCACAUGGUGAGAGGUGCGGACUUGGGGUUGUUCCUGAGGAACGCUUUCUUUGCAGUCUCCGUUGCGAGCAUUGCAGGGAUAGCCGCCCUUCUUCGCCCUGGAAGACUUCCUCUGGGGUCCUUGCUUCGGCUGUUUUUUGCCUGAAGGAUCAUGUUCUGAUCCUAGCAAAAGUCAAAUGUAUUCGUUGUCAUAAUUGUUUGUUUUUUUUUUUUUUAAUUCUUGAUUUCUGACCAGUUUUGGAAUUUUUUAUGACGUUCUAGUUCCAGCUUUAACUACUAUGGUCAAAAUCAGCUGGCAUUAGUCAAGCAGCUUUCCUGUAUUUUCCCUGCAGAUGUAUAUAUUUCUUCACUUGUUAUUCUUUUUGAUUUAAUUAAAAAAUUAGCCCAUUAAGAGACUUGUGUGCUCAU